GCCAUCACCAGGUUCACUGAUGUAAUGAUCAUUUUUAAAGAGCCAGGUUGCCCCUCUACAUCUCUCAAACUCAAUUCCACGAUCGAACUACAUUGUCGUCAUUUCUCAUCCCAUACUGGUUUUGGGUUUUUUUUUUCUGUCAAAUUUCACUCAAGACUAUAUAUAUUAUAAAGUUUAGUCUAUUAUUUCCAUCUACUUGGGUAGUAUCUAUAUUAUAGAUAACUUAAGAUACCCUCAGAUACACAUAUACCCAGGGCUCACUCGUCACACACCUGCAACUUUGAGGGCACCGCAUCACCUUUGGGCUGCUGAUCAGGUUUAUCGAGGUUUAUCGGUCAGUCCGCGACAGAUAGGAGUCGCAUAAAGGUCACACGCAGCAGGAACGUGCGAAAACCCCGAGGAGAACAAAAACGGUCCAUUUGGAUUUUACGCUGCGCAAGGGUGGUGGAACUGUUGGGUCGUUACGAAAAGCUGCCCCGCGCGAGAUUCCAAAGCUCUCAAAUUAAUACGUUGGCAUUUCGGAGUAGCGUCCAUUCCCUGCUGUCGUCAUAGCCAAAAAUCUACAACUGACACUGGAAACUGGCGAUCGUCCGAUUUUAUUCCUACAUCGACAUCAACCAUCAUUUCAAUAUACUCGGCCAUCAUAUUGAAUAAUUCCUGGAAAAUCUUUUUAUUAUAUCUUUCGACAUUUUUCUAAUUACAACUUCACCAUUUUAAUAUGGCGCACAUGCGGGUAGAUGAAGAUCUGGCCUACGGUGAUUCGUACGGUGAGAGGUGGGACAAGAGUCGCUUCGCUGUUGAAAGUGACCGUAGUCGGCAAAACGCUGAAAAAGAUCGCAUGGAGGAACAUGACCGCUACUACAGCCGCGGUCCAGGAAGUAGGCUCCGUGAGAAAUCUGUGGAUGAAAGGUUCGAGCGAAGAGUACCACGUCCGUGGGAGGACGACUUCCCCCGCGAGAAAAGAUACUACGAUGAAGCCCCUCGAUUCCGACGUUCUCCACCUCCCGAGUUGGACCGACGUCUUGUUAUCAACCGCGAGCGAGCCGAAAGGGAACGUGAACGAGAAUUCCGCCCCUCUUCUCCUCCAAGAAGGCCUGGACAGCUACUCCGUCGACAAUCAUCUCUUGAUACAUUCGAUAGACGACCCCCACCGCGCUUUGUUGAAAGGGACGAGUUUGAUACCCACUCUCGUCGCGAUGAUUUCCGUCCUGAGCCAUACAAACCUACCCCUCUUCCUCGAUCGAGAGCCCUGCCUCCACCGAGAAUAUACGCUGAACGGGAAUUUGAUGAAAUCAAGAUCUCUGAGCCUGAUUUCUACGGUGAUGAGGAAUAUCAUAAUUACCCUGAGCGUAUUCGCGAGAGAGACGUUGUGAAGCUGAGGAAACGUCGCGAUAGUAGUGCAUCGAGACAUAAGCGUCGCAGUAGAAGUGUCCGUAGCAGAAGCGUUUCGCGCACUUCUUUCUCAUCAGAUGAUUCUAGUAGCACUGGAGGCACCAGCGUUACGAUGAAGAGCGUUAAGAGCGAGUAUCCUAAGAAGGGAAAGACAAGAAUCCCAGUCCGACUUGUUUCCAAGCUAGCGCUCAUCGACCUCGGUUAUCCAUUCGUCGAAGAGGGUAACGUUAUUAUUGUGCAAAAAGCUCUGGGCCAACAAAAUAUCGAUGACCUACUUAAGCUAAGUGAAGAAUACAAGAAGUCAGAACAUGAAGUCGCAUCUGCUCGCUCCAUUCACGGAGGUCUUGUCGAAGAAAGGAGAGAAGAAAUCUUUACUCUUCCGCCACCGCCAAUUGCCGCACCUGCUCCUCCACCACCGGUCAUCCAUACUGCAGCCCCCGUUGCACCCGCUCCUCUCCCAACGAUCAUUCAUACCGCGGCCCCUGUCGCACCCGCUACGCAAGCGCCCGUCGAAGUUAUUAAUGAGACUUAUUUUCGAGAGAGUUCGCCUUCUCGCAGUACACGUAGUCAUCGCAGCCACUCUACCUCUACAACUCGAACACCUGUUAUCAUAGAACCCCGAGAAUACAGCGAAGAUGUAGCUGUAGGACCUCUCGCUUUAGUCGGUGACCGACGGCGAUCGGAUAGGGAUAUUAAGAUGGAAAUUGCAAGGCUAGAAGCAGAACGCGACUUGCUGAAAGUGGAACGGCGGCAACACCGCCAUCAUUCGCACUCCCGCCAUCGGUCGCAUAGCCAUAUUACUGAUCGCGAGUUGGUUUCGGCCGAACGGUUACCGACGGGGGAGAUCGUCCUAUAUGAGGAGCAGGUCGAGAAGAUCGAGGAGCCACGGCGCGGGGUGCGCAUUGAGAAGGACAAGAAAGGGCCUCCUCCUGGUUUGAUGAGAGCUAUGCUCGCUACUCUCACCUAAUCCUCCCUCGAUUUAGUGGACACAGCUUGGCUUUCCGUAUUGGGAAGAGAAAUACUGGGCUUCGUUUAUUGCUAAGAUUUUCAUUUUACUAUUUGCGAACCAUUAUUCUGUUCGCUUAUCACGCCCUGCUAUGUUUAUGACGCUGGUUUUUCUUACUAGGCGGGUCAAGGGGGCGUUUUAUAUUGGAUAUAUAUGGCUAAACACGGGUUUCCUACCAUCAUGUGUGUCCAGGUGCAAGCGUUACCUUAUAGUUGGUAUAAAUUGGGCUCAUCAUCGACAUUUCGUUCUUGGAGAAUAGCUUGAUGAUAACAAACAGUAAAGUUGUCAAUGAUAUAAUGACCAUUAUUCAUCUCAAGAGAUCUGCUACCUACCAGGAUACGACCUUUGAUACCUAAGUACCUAGGUACGUAACCUAAUGCUUCGCACAUCUCUAUAGGAAAUCAUCUUAUAGGUUGAGCCGCGAAACUCAUAGCGUAAACCAAGCACAGUUCAUGUCAAAUACAUCAAAGAAACCUUGCUAAAAUAUCCUCGGGGCUCUUUUAACUUACCUUUAUUAUUUAUCACAAUGGUCAUUCAUGGUUGUACGAGAUGUAUGAGAGCUUUUACAAUAAUGAAUUGUUCACGUUUGUCAAAUAUCGUAGACGAACCUUUCAUUAACCCUUUAAAUGCC